AGUAUAGUUGUGCUGCUCUUUUGCCCAGAUGGCGUCCUUGAAUAGUGAAGAUGCGCUUCAAGAUUCAUCAUCCCUCUCCCUGUUUGAUUUAGAAAGCUUGCACCCCUUCCGCAGCCGCUCUGCAAGUUUCAGCAGUACAGGGUCCAGUGGUCGCUUACAGCUCCGACAACGAGUGGCACAACUCAUGGCUUGUGUGGAGGACAUCAGCUCAGAUGAUGAGAUUCAUGAGGAAGUCUCUCGCACGCUAGAUGAGGCUUUCCUGAUUUGGGGGAAAAAGCUGAAAGACAAGUGUCAAGAGUUCAGACUGCACUUGGUAACCUGGAAUGUGGGCACAGCUUCUCCUCCUCCUGAUGUCACUAGCUUACUUCAGCUCAGUUCACAGGGACCGAGUAUGGAUAUGUAUGUUAUCGGUUUACAGGAGGUGAACUCCAAGAUCAUAAAUUUCCUUUCUGACUUGGCAUUUGAUGAUCCGUGGAGCAUUUUCUUCAUGACCGUAUUCUCUCCUUUGGGUUAUAUCAAGCUCUCAUCCGUUCGAAUGCAGGGACUCCUUCUGCUGGUUUUUGUGAAGCAUGCUCAUAUCCCCUUCAUACGGGACAUUCACACUCACUACACGCGCACAGGCCUUUAUGGAUAUUGGGGGAACAAAGGAGGAGUCACCAUUCGCAUGUCCCUCUAUGGUCAUAUGAUCUGCUUCAUGAAUUGCCAUUUGCCUGCUCACAUUGAGAAUGCUGAGCAACGACUGGAUGACUUUGAGAAAAUUCUGGAAAUGCAGCAGUUUGAAGAUGAGAAUGUGCCAAAUAUUCUAGAUCAUGACAUUCUUUUCUGGUUUGGAGAUCUAAACUUCCGGAUAGCAGAUUAUGGAAUACAUUUUGUCCGAGAGUCAAUAAGCAAUAGCCGAUACAAUCUACUAUGGGAAAAGGACCAGUUAAAUAUGGCAAAGAAGAAGGAAGCUUUUCUCCAGGAAUUUAUAGAGGGUCCCUUGCAGUUUAAACCCACUUACAAGUUCGACCUUCACUCUGAUGUGUAUGACACGAGUGGGAAGAAACGGAAGCCAGCAUGGACAGAUCGAAUUCUUUGGAGGGUGAAGAAUCUCUCCCAGCAUCCAUCAGAGGAUGGAGAUUUGUCUGAAGGAGAGCAGACAAUCUCUGUGACCCUGAAUAACUAUAUCAGUCACAUGAGCUAUGGCAUCAGUGAUCACAAACCUGUUACAGGAACCUUUGGGCUUCAGAUAAAGCCCCUUUUUUCCACUCCAUUGGUCACUCUGAAUCCUGAGGGUGAGUGGAAUGCUGCACAGGAUGUUCUAAUCAGCUAUUCCACGGUAUCUGAAUUUCCAAGCAGUACCUGGGACUGGAUUGGGCUCUACCAGGUGGCAUUCAGGCAUGUGAAUGACUAUGUGACCUAUGCCUGGGUUAAAGAUGAUGAAAUUUCGUCCAGUGAAGAUGUUACUCAAGUUUACAUCAGUGCUGAUGAGAUCCCCCAUGCAGGAGGAGAGUUUCUCCUUUGUUAUUAUAGCCAUAAUAUGCAGUCUAUAGCUGGUAUGAGCCAGCCCUUCCAGAUUCAGCCAAGCAGGAGAUCAGAAGAGAAGGAACUGGCACAGGAAAACAUCAAUGGCAUAGAGAAACUUCACAGUCCCGAGCCAUAUGAUGAGUUCUGAAGUCAGAACUUAGUGAUAUUGAUUCAGGUGUCAGAGAUGCUUACCUUCCCUGUGUCUUAGCAAUUAUAGACCUUCCUCUGUAGGAAAUGGAGUCAGGCAGUGCAAAGGGUCCCACAGGUAGGGCUGUUCAGAUCAUAGACUUUAAACGCUUUAUAGAAAGUAAUUUCUUGUGGAAAUGACUCUUUCUAUUGUCGCCAUAGGAGGUAACUCUCUAGUGGUCCUGCAUGGAACCAGAGCUCUAAUGACAGCUCCUGAUCAGUGCUGGCCAACAUGAGAUCAUAGUGGAAAUCUCUAUUCCAGUGAUUUAAUCUGUAGAUGCAUUCUGCAGCAGCUUCCAGGUCUGCUGCUUUCCUGCUUUUUGUAGGAGAUAUUUUAGUAACCAUGCAGUUGACUGAUUUUUUUGUUUGUUUAUUUUUUAUUUUUUUUAGUGUUUCAGAAUUUAAGUGAAAUUAUUUUAAAAACAAAGUUUUAUUUAUUAGAUAUACAAUUAUUGAGUUUAUUUUAAAGUAUUUUUGAAAUUUGAUGAAUAAAUGUUAGCAAGUGGUAUCUUUGGAAGCAACCAACUAUGGAGCAACAGAAGUAAUAUGAAAACAACAUAUUUGGGUCACGUGGAUUUUCCUUUGACUUUUGAUCCCUUUUACUUUCUGCCCCACAUUUAAAUAAUAAUCUUUCUGAAUAAUUUUCCUGUUUGAAAUGUUAAAGACAAGCACAUAUCCAGCAAACCAAACUUUUACUUGAUUUCUGAUGCCUCUUUCACUGGUAAUGAAAAUCAUAGAGGAAUUUGCCUAUUACCCCCAUGGACAAGAAAGACCUUUUUGUACUAGCUGGCAACUUGGAGUCAACCCAGUAUCAUGUGGUUUCAGAAAUAAAUUGUUUUUAAAUGCUGUUGCUUAACAACAUUAAAAUAGUUCUCAAAUUGUGGUCCAUGGGGCACUUAUUGGCAGAGCUGACUGGUCACAUGAUGCUAACUCCUCCUCUCCGGCUGUUAAAUUAUAUUAAAAGAAGCUAAAAAAAUAGAUGGUUUGUUAUCUUAUUGCAAUUAAUUUGCUGGGGAGGAAGGGGUGUGAAAGUUAUAUGAAACUUUGGGGGCCAUUCAUAAAUCUCCAUAGACCCUUAGAUUGCAGAGCCAGUAAAGGGUACUUGUUGUGACUCCUUGCUGCCAUUCUCUGCUUUCUACAGGAGGUACACAACUUUAGCAACAUACAAACUUGUGAUAUGUAAUUGAUGUUAGUUAUCUCAGUGCAUUGUAAAUAAUGGCAAUAGUGAAAAUACAAAACUCAGAUCAGGAAAAGGAGCUGUAGAACCAAAAGACAUUGGUGUAUAUAUUUUUGGAGAAUAGGUGGGGGAAACAGGAUGGAUUCCUUCCUGCUCAUAGUCUUGAAGCCUUGGCUAGCUAUCUUAGGGCUUGCCUACGCUACCACUUUUGUUGGUAUAAUUUAUUUAAAUUUAUAUAAAACACACCCCUGAAUUACAUAAGUUACAAUGACAGACUUGCUGGUGUGGGCAGUGCUAUGUUGGCAGGAGAGCUUCUCCCACCAACAUAGCUACCGCUGCUCAUGGAGGUGGCUUUAUUAUGUUGACGAGAGAGCUCUCUCCCGUUGGCAUAGAGUGGCUACCUGAGCGAUCUUACAGUGGCGCAGUUGCAUCGGUACAGCUGUGCCGCUGUAAGUUCGCUAGUGUAGACAUGGCCUUUGGAGUUAGAAAGUGAAUUCCCUGGUAAUUGAAUCUGUCUUAAGGUGCUGUAGUUAUGGCUGGUGUAUAAGAUGUUCUGGGUGAAGAAAGCCUUAGCUUUAAGCUUUGGAAAUAGCAGCAUGUAGAAUGCUCUGGUUAGCUUGUCAGAGCUUUUUGGAUUAAAGACACCUAGUUUUUGAGGUUUCUAGUUCCCAUAUAGUCAGAUUUAUGUUGUCAAGUGUCUGAACUUAAUGCUUUGGCAGUGGGAACUGUUCACUUCCCAACAGCAAGUGUGGGGGCAGAAGAUACUGUGUACCAGCACAAGAAUUAAUACAGCUCUUAAAUAUAAAACAUGAAAAAUGUAAUAAUGUUGAUUGUCUGCUAUAAAAGGAGAUUACGUUGUAUUGUCCUAUUUGUACCAUUGUUGUGUAAAAUUUGCUUUACACUAAAGAUAACUUUUUCAAAGUUUUCGUUUUCAAUAGAAAUAUACUAAAUGCCCCUACUGCAUCACAAAACUAACUGUAGUUUUUAAGCUUUUUUUUUCUGAAUUUGAAAUUGAUUGUAUAAAUCUGUUUUCAUGCUUCCCGUGAGGAAAAAACUUGGGAACUGAGUUCUUCAAAUUCCCGACCACAGCUGGUGAUAGGGCAGGGACCAAAAUCCAGUUUCUGCUGCUCAGGCACACAUUCCAUUUGUGGGCAUCUUUGCGGAUAUUUGAGGAGCUGAACACUGACACAGGGAAGUUUACAUGACUCCCAACACCCCUGCUUCUUAACACCACGUGAGGGCUGACCGCUGAUCAAUUAUUGGAAUUGGAAGGUGGUCCUUAUAAAUGUAGGGCCGGGCUUCAUGUCACAGGACUCUGAUUGAAGUCACAUUGUUGUGGGCUUUUCCAACAGUGAGUUCUUUAUCCACUAACUACAUAAGACUUGAAUAUGCUGGGGUCUUGGUGAGGAGCUUUAUAUUACUUUUAUAGAUUCCUUUGUUAGGCACUGUACAUACAGUAGCAAAUUAAUUCUAAAUUUUGUCUGUUACCUUGAUCCAUAAAGGAUUUUUAAAGAAUAUUUUGUGACCAGUAUCAUGCAGCUUCUUGAUGGAAUUUAAUUUUUUCUUAAAUACUAAUUUACUUGUAUAAUAUUUAGAAAUGGCUUUUAAACCCAUUUACUUUUUUAAUGCACUGCAUGUAUCAGUCUGAAAUGAGUCUUGGUAAUGAAGAGUCCAUGAAGUGAAUUAAUCACUUCUUGUAUUUUAAACAACUGAAGACUGCUUUUUUUUUUUUUUUUUUUUUUUUUUUUUUUUUUUUGUGGGGACCUGGGGGGAAUUCUCCCUUGUAAUGAUUUUCACACAAACCUUUGAUAACCAUUUUUGGUGUGCAGUUGGAUACUUGUAUUUUAAGAGAUUAUGCUGCAGUGGGGUAGUAAUAAAUACACUGUAAGGGACUGAAUCAUUCCAAAGAAGGGCCCAAGUGGUAAUGUAAUUCUCCUUUGGAGAAAGUGGAUGCAUCUUGAAAUAAAAUUCUCCCCUUUGAAGGA